CGAAUCGUCUCUGUGGUACGAGCGAACCGCUAUUGAUUUCAAUGAAUACGCUCCGUUCUGACGUUUAAUGGUAGAGGCUGAGGGUGUCAAACAAUGCCCCAAUGAAACUAGUAAAAUGUUCAUUUAACAUUUGACCGAAACUACCGUCUGAUCUAGAGCGAAUACGAAGCGAAGAGGGAUCGUGUUUUUGCUGUGAUUAUCUCCUGAGAUUGAGCUCCUUUGCAGAGGAUAGAGGAAAAUGUCGGUCGCUGGAACCCCGUCAGGUGAUCCUUACGUUAUAGUGCCCCGCGAGAGGGUCCGUUACGAGGACCAAUUCAAAGCCCUCAAGCCCCAGAAUGGAGUGGUCACCGGGGACCAGGCCAAAGGAUUCUUCCUCCAAUCUCAACUCCCACCCAUCAUCCUUGGACAGAUAUGGGGAUUGGCAGAUACUGAUGCUGAUGGAAAAAUGGAUCUGUACGAGUUCUCCAUUGCCUGCAAACUGAUCAACUUGAAGCUCCGGGGAUAUGAGAUCCCUAAAGUACUGCCACCAGUUAUGUUGGCUUCAUUGAAGGGUCAAAGUCCACCCACAAUUCCUCCUCUUCCGAAUGCUUCUCUCAUAAAUGCACCACCCAGGCCUGAGCCUCCGAAGAUCUCUGCUCAGCCUCUGAUCAGUCAGUCAAUGAUACACAAUAAUACACAACCUCCAAUGAUCCCACCGCAACCUGCUAUGGUUCCAAUCAUGUCACAGCCGAUUAUGGGUCAAGCACAGACACAGCCAAUCAUGAUGCCACCACAGCAACUUCUAAUUUCCACACAGCCACCUGUAAUUCCGACCGGUAUUGUACCGCCCAUGCAAUCUGUGCCGCCUCUGGUGGCUGCAGGUGUUGCUGCACCCGCAUCCGCCCAUAUGUCACCCAUGGGUGUUGUGCAAACGUCCAGCAACAAUACUCCAAGAGCCAGUGUGACCAGCUUGGAUCGCGUCGAUUCUCCUCAAGUGGAAUGGGCCGUUCCGCAUCAAACGAAGCUGAAAUACACGCAGAUUUUCAACACAAUGGAUCGCACCAGAAGCGGAUUCCUUACGGGUCCGCAAGCUAGGAACGUUAUGGUUCAAACGAAGCUAGCUCAAAAUAUUCUGGCCCAGAUUUGGGCCCUAUCCGAUAUGGAUUCUGAUGGGCGUUUGGGCUGCGAGGAGUUUGUCCUUGCCAUGCAUCUUUGCGAGCAAGCCUCUUUGGGUACGAUGCCACCUACCGCACUACCCCCAGACAUGAUUCCUCCUUCGUUCAGAAGGAUGCCCAGAACUGUAUCGCGCACUGCCUCCAUAUCCAGUCAAGGCAGUGGCCAACCAGAGGCUGCAGUAGAUCUCACUCUUAUAUCACAAAAUUCCUUUGAAGAUAAACGAAAAGAAAACUUUGAAAAGGGUCAGGCCGAAUUGGAGCGUCGCAGAAAAACGCUUUUGGAUCAGCAGAGGAAGGAGGCUGAAGAGCGUGAGCGCAAGGAAAGAGAAGAGCUGGAGAAGAGAGAGAAGGCUCGUCUCGAAGCCGAGCGUAAGCGUGCAGAAGAACUGGAGAAGCAAAUGCGAGAGCAGCAGGAGAGGGAACGCAUGAUGGAGGAAGAGCGUAAGCGGCAGGCGGAUCAAAGGGAGGCGGCGCGCAAAGAAAUGGAAAGACAACGACAGCUCGAAUGGGAGAAGCAGCGACUGCAGGAGCUUCAGCAGCAACGCCAGAGGGAGCAAGAGAACGUCCUGAAGCUGAAGGCCAAGAAUCAGAGUUUGAGCAUCGAACUGUCGACAUUGAACGAUCAUGUCAAGGAUCUGUCGCAGAAGAUUUGCGAUACGCGCGUAGGCGUAUCAAACGUGAAGACAACUAUCGAUGGAAUGAGAUCCACGAGGGAUACGUCGAUGCAAGAGAUGUCGCAGUUGAAGAACAAGUUGAAGGAGCAGAACGCCAAGUUGUUGCAGUUGUCGCAGGAGAAGGUGAAGUUGGACGCGAAGAACAAAAUCAACUCGCAAAUGAACGAGCACCAGUCCGAACAGACUAAGCAGGCGUACGAGAACAAGGAGAUUACCAUUAAAAAUCUGAAGGAGAAGCUGGAGGAUAUGGAAGGAGAAAUCACCACCAAGAUGUCGGAUAUCGAGAACAACAAUUCGCAGCUGACGGAUUUGAAGACUCAAUUGUCAGAGUUAAUGAACGAGUGCGAGGAUCUGUACUCGGUGUACCAGCAGAAGAAGGGCACCGUUUUAGAAAUGAAGGAUAAGAAGGUGAAGGAUUUCAGCACUGCUUGGGGUAACGAAACCAGCUGGGGCAACGAACCAGACACCGCAUCUUGGCCGGCGGAUAAUUGGGGAGCCGAAGAGAAGACGGUGAUUUCUAAUACGGAAACUGCACCACCCUCUGCUGUCUCUUCAGAUCCAGCUGCACAUGGAAACGUCAAGUAUCGGGCACUGUAUGAGUUUGUUGCAAGAAACACGGACGAGAUUAGUUUCCAACCAGGAGAUAUAAUAAAUGUGCCGCUGGAACAAACUGGAGAACCAGGUUGGUUGGCCGGAGAGAUCAGAGGUCACACUGGAUGGUUCCCCGAAUCUUACGUGGAGCCUGCGGAAGGCGUCAACGUGAGAGGAUUCGAAGAAACGGUCGUUGCUGAACCAUCGCCUGUCGCAGUUGUCGAGGAUCUGGAGAGCAAACGAUUGGAGGGAAUCGUCGAAGUCCCCGAAACCAUUCCAGAGCAGCCGGAGAUGGUGCAGCAGCCUGUCGCAGCAGCGAUCGAAGAGGAAGCGGAAUUCUACGUGGCGAGUUAUCCGUACCAGAGCGUGGAGCAAGGGGAUCUCACCUUCAACGCCGGCGAAAUCAUCGGGGUGAUCAAGAAGGAGGGCGACUGGUGGACCGGUAAAAUCGACGAUCGCGUCGGAAUUUUCCCCAGCAAUUACGUCCAGAAGAUGGACUUGAACGCUACCGCUUCUGAGCCGCCACCUCCUGCGACCACUAACUCCUUUAAUGCGGAACCGAAGGAGUCAUUAAGCGAACAGCUGCAGCAAGACGCUGCGGCCAAUGCCCAGAUCGACAAUGAAGUCUCGCUAAUCAACGAAAACAGUAAGCCCGAACUUGAGAAAACGGACUUUGCCGUGCUCGCAGCUCAAACUCAGCCGAGGAAUAACAAGAAGCCGGACAUUGCUUCGGUAAUAGCGCCGUACCAGGCGACCAGCACCGAGCAGUUAUCUUUGGAGCGAGGUCAACUGAUCAUGAUCAGGAAGAAGACGGAUUCGGGUUGGUGGGAGGGUGAGCUUCAGGCGAAAGGACGUCGCCGUCAGGUCGGUUGGUUCCCGGCUUCGUACGUGAAGGUCCUCAACAGCAGCGGAAGAGCGAGCGGCAGAACCACUCCGGUUUCAAGCACGCGAAUGCAGCAGGAAGUCGUCAUCGACAAAGUGAUCGCUCUCUAUCCGUACACUGCCGCCAAUCCGGAUGAGCUUAGCUUCCUCAAGGACGAGAUCAUCAGCGUGACAGCGCGCGAAGAGCAAGCUUGGUGGCGCGGCGAACUCAACGGCGUCUCCGGCCUGUUCCCCAGCAACUACGUUUCUCCUCUACAGCAAUUUCAAGAAGACGCUGCGAGUAGAAAGCGAAAAGACUGUGUUAACGAGUUGGUGCAGACGGAGCGAGCCUACAUAGAGGACAUGGCCGUUGUUAGGGACGUUUUCGAGGCGCCUCUGCUCGAAAGCAGAGUUAUCAACAAGAAGGAAAUCGAGAAUAUCUUCGUCAAUUGGCAGGAUAUUCUCGGCUGCAAUCGCGCCUUCCUGCAGGAUCUCAACAAACGCAUCGAGUCAGGAAGUGAUAUCGUAGGCGAUAUCAUCUGCACACACUUGCCACAAAUGAACGUGUACGCUGUGUUCUGUCGGAAGCAGUUGGAUAGUGCGGCUCUUCUGCAGAAUUUGUUUGAGAACUCGGCGCCGUUCAGAGAGGUGGUGAAGAAGUGUCAGAGUCAUCCGGCGACGAAGGGAAUGCCGCUGAGUUCGUUCCUGAUCAAACCCAUGCAACGGAUCACCAAGUAUCCUCUGCUCAUCGGAAAGAUAUUGGAAAAUACCCCUGACAAUCACGCAGAUUAUGCGAAUUUGAAAGAAGCUCAAGUCUUGGCCGAUAAAUUUCUGAAGAGGAUCAAUGAGAACGUUAGGCAGAAGGAGGAUUGGGAGCGUCUGGACUGGUUGCAGACGUACGUGCAGAACGAUCUGAAUAUAACGUUCAACGGGAAUACGAACAAGGUCGGAGCGCGAAAGCUGAUACAUUUCGGUAUUUUUUCGAAGGUGAAAAGCGGUAAGGAGCUGGUGGGAUUUUUGCUCAACGAUUUUCUUUUGCUCGUCCAACCGAGUAAAGUCCUCUCCACGCAGUUCACUUUCCAGAAGAACAAUAAUGUUUCUUACAAGAUGUACAAGCAGCCGUUGAUGGUGAACGAGUUGAAGGUUUCGAAGGGAAGCGUCGAGAGUGUCGAAGCAGGAACGGACGCGAAUCGAGUGUUGAAGUUGCAGGACAAUAAGGUGACGUUGGCUCUGCUCACGCCGAGCGUGAACGAGUGUAGCCUUUGGUUGAAGAGGAUCGAAGCGGCGAAGGAGAUGUACGAGAAGGUUGUAUCAUUGACGAAGCCGCGUCCCAAGACCAAGGCGACCGGUGUGAGUAAGGGCCGUCUGCUUGUCCAUGUGCUAAAAGGGAAACGUUUCGUGCACACCGGUCGGUCCUUCGUCCAGAACAUCUACUGCCGCGUCUCGCUGGGCGACAGCGUGCAGAACACGAACGUCGCCGCGGACAGCAUGAACGGUAAUCCACCAGCAUCGCAGCAGGCCAACAACGGUAUCCCUCAACCGCCGAGUCUCAUCUGGAACUUCAGCAUGCAGUUUCCGAUACGCACAAUUCAAGAUGAGAUGCUCACCGUCGCAGUGUACGAGAUGUGCCCAUUCAGUCCAGAUGAAUUUUUGGGACGAGCCGACGUGAAGCUGAGGGAUCUGCACGCCGAGUACAAAGCGCGAAAGGUGAACGGACCAAUCACUAAGAAGCUGAUCUUGCACCAGGUGGAGUCGGGGGAGGUCGUCAUCAAGUUUGACAUGCAACUCUUCUCCGACUUUUGAACCGGGAUAAAAGGUAAAUUAUAAAAAAAAGAAAGGCUGAUCGCAAAACAAGCAACUAGCUACACACACACAUUGUAUUCUCUCCACUAAUAAUGCUAAAACUGCCAAAAUUAAUUGAUAUAUAUAUAGACAAUACUAAUAAAAUUUAAGAUUUCAUUCAAGACACGAGAUUAGGACGGAUUACAUUUAUUUGCUUUUGACCACAAUCGAUCAGUAUUUUAUAUAAUUUAUUCGUGUG